GAUAGUAUCGAUUUUGAAACAAUUCUGUAUCUGCUGAGGUGUUGUGCGGGACUUUCAGCCGUUAUGUUUGAGUAUUUAAAGCCUCUAUUUGAGGCGUUACGUGUAUUAUUAAACGGCUGUUUCCUCUUCGGUAAGUAAACGUGUAGGAAGGAGGAGCUGCUUCUCAACCAAAAGUGCUCAGUCCCGAAGAAAGUGGUCUCACGUCGACUGAUGGCCCAGAGACGGAGGACGUAAAAUUACAAUUUAGUUCGUCUUCGGAGAAGCUUCGACGGAAAUUUUCAGCUCUUUUUGACCAGGAAACUGUGCGACGGCAGCGGCGCUAAACUAAGCACUCACUAUGUCUGAUGGGGACUACGAUUACCUCAUCAAAUUUUUGGCUCUCGGUGACUCUGGCGUGGGAAAAACCAGCUUCCUGUAUCAGUACACAGAUGGAAAAUUCAACUCCAAGUUCAUCACAACAGUUGGAAUAGACUUCAGAGAAAAAAGAGUGGUAUAUGUAUCAAAAAAUCCAGACGGGACUUCAUCUGAAGGACACAAAAUUCACAUGCAGCUGUGGGACACUGCAGGACAGGAGAGGUUUCGGAGUUUGACAACAGCCUUCUUCAGAGAUGCAAUGGGUUUUCUCCUCCUGUUUGACCUCACAAAUGAACAAAGCUUCCUUAAUGUCAGACAUUGGAUGAGUCAGUUACAGAUUCAUGCUUACUGUGAAAGCCCAGAUAUUGUUCUGUGUGGCAACAAAUGUGACCUGUCGGAUCAAAGGGCUGUGACUGAAGAAGCAGCUCGUGAGCUGGCAGAGAAGUACGGAAUUCCUUACUUUGAGACAAGUGCUGCAAAUGGACAGAAUGUCAGCCAGGCUGUGGACAUCUUGCUGGACCUCAUCAUGAAGAGGAUGGAACGGUGUGGAGACAAGUCGUGGAUCCCUGACGGGACCUUCCGAUCUAACGGACCCCACAACUCAGACAUCUCAGAAGAGUCAAACAAGAGCAAAUGUGCCUGUUAGAAUGAUGGUGCACCAUUUAAUUUAUGUGUCCGUAAUACUGGAAAAUGGCCAAGUUCAAUGUUUAAUAAUUGGGAGUGUAUAUUGUGUACUAUGUUGGUUUAAAAUGUAAAAAUUUCUGACUAUUCCCACAUAAAUUUGUUUCAUUAUUGAUAGCAUUUUAUUGAUUUGUGAGAUUGUCAUUGCAUUCAUUAUCACGCCUCCCAUAUUCUUUCUUUAUAUUGACCUGGAGAAUAUCAACAAUGUCACUUUGUGGAAUAUACAGAACUGAAAUAUUUGGAAAGUGACUUUAUUGAAGGAGAGUGACAACAAACAUGGCAUAACAAGAAGUGGAGAUAUUUAUCAUUUAAUCAAAUAUACCUCCCACUGUACUGCAAGGUGUUUUUGAACUAGAGAUGACUGAAGAAAAUCAUAAAGCAGUGAGUCAUGUACUACAAAAUAAAUUAGUAAGGUCUAAUAUAAUUAGUGAAACUCCUAAUUGACUCACAUUUUAAAUAAAAACCCCCAUAGAACAAGUUGAAAACAUAACCUUAACAGUGGACUACAUGGAAACAUUGUUUGUGCUCUGACUAUAUAUAAGAUAUUAAUUCAAAGCCCGUGGGUGAGGUAACUGCUGGCAGCUGGUGGAUGUCGGUCUGUGUUGGUUCCUGUUUGAUCUCUGUCAUUGGUGAAGCAAUCUCUGUGGGUUAUCCUGUCUCUGUUUGUGAUAGUUAAGCAGGAAAAGAAGUUCAUCCACUAUAUCUCGGCCCAGAUGUGCCCCAUCCGUGGCAACAGUGUUGCCAGCAACAGAAAAUAGUCCCUCUGAUAGAAUUGAGGUGGAUGAUUAACUCUUAAAUUGUAGGAAAGUCACGUUAUGUGAAUUACAUAGCUGAUCGAAUAGAAAAUUAGUUGACUGGUUGCUAGCUAGUUGUAGUAGGCUAUUACAGCUAGUCCUCCCAAUCCUGAUUUGAAUAUUUUAUUUUAAUAUAUCAGAUUAAAGGAUAGGUUACUUUAUUUACAGUCUUCAUCAUAUUAAAACAUGGAUUGUAAUAAAACCUGAGUGCUGUGAUCACCUUUGAUGCUGUGUGUGUGUGUGUGUGUGUGUGUGUGUGUGUGUGUGUGUGUGUGUGUGUGUGUGUGUGUGUGUGUGUGUGUGUGUGUGUGUGAGAGAGAGAGAAAGCUCUCAAAAUUGUCUUCCAACAGUGAAAUGAAUUUUACAUUAUUAACUAGAUAGUGUAACACUAGCAAUCCACGUCAGUGGCACAACAUAGUCUGAUAAAUUUGAUCUUUUGGGGGGGGGGGGGGUAAGGUAUCAGCCCUGCACCAGUCUUAGAUGUUAUCUUCUGUCAACUUUACCACUGACAUUGUGCAUGGUCAAUCGUCUCUAGAGACAACCAACAACAUAUGUUGUAAGUUAUUGCAAAAUUCAAGAAUGCAUUCAUAACUACACUGUGGAACUUUUAGAGUUCAGAAAAACAAUUUGAGUUAAUUUAGAGCUGGACUGUGCAUGCCCUGCUGAUUCCCAUGUUAUCAGCAAUUUUUGGAAACAGUUAUGACACAGUUGUCAAGAGGAGUCGAGCACUUCACAGGGUUUAUUUUAAGUGUUUAAUGUUGAAGGUGUUUUUUGUCAUUUAAAUAUGCUGAUCAGUACUUUAGUAAAAUUUAAUCCUUCAUGUUACAGCAACAUGAGUUGCCAUAAUGCGCUAUCAAUGUGCCAUUAUGUGUGCAUUGAUAGCAGCUACAAUAUUGGUUUUUCGCUCUCUGAGUAACAGUACAGCCAGUAAUCUGCGAUAACGUUCAAUCUGUGUAUUUAAUGUUGCUGGUACAGAGCAGCUGGCUGUGGCUGACCUUUGCGGAGUCGUCGUGACACCAUUUGUAAAUUACUGCUGACUGCUUUUCUUAAUCGUGCAAUCUCACUUAUGAUCCUACCAGGAAAAUAUUCAAAUUAACCAUCCAACAUGAGCUAGGUGGGCGUCGUACACUGAAUGUAUUUUUGACAGUUUUGCUUGUUUUUGCCACAGGACAUAAUUUUAUUCAUUUAUAUUAAUUUACAGUUCAGCUUUGUUUGUAUGAUGUUGUCCAAUAAUUACAAAAGGGUGUAAGUACUAGUUUGCUAAUUGCUAAAAUAGGUGAAUGCGUAAACUUUUGAGCCUUAGCUCGGGAAAACUUUUUUUUUUAUUCUGCUGUAUAAAGGAUGUGAUGGAGCAUCCACCUGGGAUUUUUUAUUUUAAGGCUAUGAUUUGUGUGUAUAUAUUAAUAAUUAAAAAAAUAUAUAUAUAUAUGUAUGUAUGUAUGUAUAUAUAUAUAUGUGCGCAGAAUCUUUCUUAAGCUGUUGUUUCACAGUUUGGACGAGGAUGGACUUAAUGUAUUCUUAAUGCUUUAAAACUGAUGUCAGAUUUGACUUUAGCUUGUAAGGAUGGUUUAUGUUGUAACUGUUUUUGUUGUCUUUGAGGCUGCUUUGCUUCUGAGCUUCGUAUUCUCACACUUCACGCCGAGGCCACUACCAUUAUGAAUAUGUUAUUCCAAGUGCUGGGGGCAGAUGGGUUAGUAUCGAACAGUUAGUAUGCUAUUACACUGCAGAUCUACACCUCUGUGUGUUUGCAUGCAAAGGGGUUUUGUUUUUAUUAUUAUUAUUAUUACUUUUUUCAGGUAUUCAUGUGAGCAUGUUAACCACUUAAUAUCACAAAUUGUUGAAAUUAAUAAAGCCACAAUGCAGUUUUACAAUGGUCUAAUUUGAAAGUUGAUACUAUUGUAUAUGCUUGUAAUCCCUGAUAAUUGUUUAAAGUAGACUGUUUAAUGUAUAAAAUAACAUCUUCAUCACAGCCGGUGUCUGUAUGUUUGUCACUCACUGUCCCAGUCCACAGAUUCAGAUAUUUGGGUGGGGGGGGGAUCACCAAAGUUGAAUUUGAUUUAGAUUAGUUGGAACUAAAUUACUUUAAACUGUAACUUGUGCUGUAUUUUCUUAUGUGUACAUUAUGUCAAAAAUCAAAAACAUACAUUUUUAUUUAUGUAUUCC